GGGCACCGAAGUUGCGCUCUGGGACUAACAACCCGGCGGCGGAAAGGGGGCUCAGCGCGGGAGAGUGAGGCCGGGGUCCAUCCGCUAGGAUGGGCGGCACGGGGCCUGGCUGCAGGGACCAGCGGCCCGAGGCAGAGCGGGCAGCUCCGGGACGGAGUACACCACGCGUGUCCAUGCCCCGCGCCGGCACGCAGGGCUGCCUGGCCCUUUAAGCGUCCAGACGGCGGCCCCAGCUGACGCGCGGGCUCCAAUCGGCGCCCCGCGCCCCCCGCCCGCCGCGCCCGAGGCUCUGGGGCCGCAGCUGCUCGGCUGCUGGACUCGCUGCGGCCCUGCGCCUCCGCCCGCCCGGCCGCGCCCCCGGGGGCCAUGGUCGCGGGGCCCUGCGCGGGGGCGGCCCCCAGCGCGGCGCUUCAUGGAGCGGCCCCGGCCUGGCCGCCGGGGGCAGCGCGAUCCCGCGGGGCCCUGUGAGCCCCCAGCGCCACGGCACCAUGUUGCUGGUUGAGAAGACAACCGACUCACCGGCGGCCGAGUUCUCGCUGGUGGAGGACGUGGCGCUGCACUUCGCCUGCUUGAUGGGCCGUCUGAACGAGCAGCGCCUCUUCCAGCCUGACCUCUGCGACGUGGACCUGGUGCUGGUGCCCCAGCGCAGCGUCUUCCCGGCCCACAAGGGCGUGCUGGCCGCCUACAGCCAGUUCUUCCACUCGCUCUUCACCCAGAACAAGCAGCUGCAGCGGGUGGAACUGUCCCUGGAGGCGCUGGCCCCAGGUGGCCUGCAGCAGAUCCUCAACUUCAUCUACACGUCCAAGCUGCUGGUCAACGCAGCCAACGUGCACGAGGUGCUCAGCGCCGCCUCCUUGCUGCAGAUGGCUGACAUCGCUGCGUCCUGCCAGGAGCUACUGGAUGCCCGCUCCCUGGGCCCCCCAGGCCCCAGUGCUGUGGCUCUAGCCCAGCCAGCUGCCAGCUGCACCCCGGCUGCGCCACCCUACUACUGUGACAUCAAGCAGGAGGCCGACACCCCAGGCCUGCCCAAGAUCUAUGCCCGCGAGGGGCCUGACCCCUACUCUGUGCGUGUCGAGGACGGGGCGGGGACUGCAGGGGGCCAGGUGCCUGCCACCCUUGGGCCAGCCCAGCCCUUCUUCAAGGAGGAGAAGGAGGGUAGUGUGGAGGAGGCUGGCGGGCCCCCGGCCAGCUUGUGCAAGCUGGAGGGUGGGGAGGAGUUAGAGGAAGAGCUUGGGGGCUCUGGCACCUACAGCCGCCAGGAGCAGUCUCAGAUCAUCGUGGAGGUGAACCUCAACAACCAGACUCUGCACGUGUCCACGACACCUGAGGGGAAGCCGGGGGCCGCUGGGGGCCCGGCCACCAUGGUGCUGGGCCGGGAGGACGGGCUGCAAAGACACUCGGAGGAUGAGGAGGACGAUGAGGAAGAGGAGGAGGAGGAGGAGGAGGAAGAAGAGGAGGGCGGUGGCAGUGGAGGGGAGGAGGAGGAGGAAGAGGAAGGUGGCAGUCAGGGAGAGGAGGAUGAGGAGGAGGAAGGGCACAGUGAACAGGAGGAGGACGAGGAGGAGGAGGAGGAAGGACACAGUGACCAGGAUCAAGAGAGCUCAGAGGAGGAGGAGGAGGAAGAGGAGGAGGGGGAGGCAGGGGCCAGGCAGGGGCCAGCAGGGCGCAGGGGCAGCCGGGCAGAGCCCCCUCCCCUCAGUCACAUGGCCACUCGGUCCCGGGAGAACGCCCGGCGGCAGGCGCCCGCCGAGCCCGAGGAGGCCAGCCAGCGUGGUGGGAAGAGGUCAAAGCAGCCCCCUGGAGCGGCCCCGGCGCCGGCUCGAGGCCCGCAGGCCCCUGACGGGUUGGGGGCCAAGGUGAAGCUGGAGGAGAAGCAGCACCACCCGUGCCAGAAGUGCCCGCGAGUUUUCAACAACCGCUGGUACCUGGAGAAGCACAUGAACGUGACCCACAGCCGCAUGCAGAUCUGUGACCAGUGCGGCAAGCGCUUCCUGCUGGAGAGUGAGCUGCUGCUGCACCGGCAGACAGACUGUGAGCGCAACAUCCAGUGUGUGACCUGCGGCAAAGCUUUUAAGAAGCUGUGGUCCCUCCACGAGCACAACAAGAUCGUGCACGGCUACGCGGAGAAGAAGUUCUCGUGCGAGAUCUGCGAGAAGAAGUUCUACACCAUGGCCCACGUGCGCAAGCACAUGGUGGCUCACACCAAGGACAUGCCCUUCACCUGCGAGACCUGCGGCAAGUCCUUCAAACGCAGCAUGUCUCUCAAGGUGCACUCGCUGCAGCACUCCGGGGAGAAGCCCUUCCGGUGCGAGAACUGCAACGAGCGCUUCCAGUACAAGUACCAGCUGCGCUCGCACAUGAGCAUCCACAUCGGGCACAAGCAGUUCAUGUGCCAGUGGUGCGGCAAGGACUUCAACAUGAAGCAGUACUUCGACGAGCACAUGAAGACCCACACAGGGGAGAAGCCGUACAUCUGCGAGAUCUGCGGCAAGAGCUUCACCAGCCGGCCCAACAUGAAGCGGCACCGGCGCACCCACACGGGCGAGAAGCCUUACCCCUGCGACGUCUGUGGCCAGCGCUUCCGCUUCUCCAACAUGCUCAAGGCCCACAAAGAGAAAUGCUUCCGCGUCAGCCACCCACUGGCCAGUGACGGCCCCCCCUCUGCACCAGGCCUGCCUCCCAACCAGCCUCAGGCUCCCGCCCUGCCCCUUCUCCCCGGGCUGCCCCAGACCCUGCCACCGCCGCCCCACCUGCCCACCCCUCCGCCACUCUUCCCCACCACUGCCAACAGCGGAGGGCGGAUGAGUGCCGACAACUAACCCUGCUCUACACGUGCAGGACCUGGAGAGCCCAGGGGCGGCUGGGAGCACCCCCACACCCUCCCUGCCUUGUGGGAGUGCCCACCUGCCUGGCACCGCUGCGCCCCCAUCCCCAGAGGUGGCUGGACACGCUCUGCUUGAGGCCCCUGCCCCUAGCAGGGGUGCAGGCUGGAGGCACCCCAGAUCUGUUGGAGGACACCUCACUCCCAAGUGCUCCCUUUCAGCGACUCCUUGAAGCCUUUCCUGUUUUUUUGUUUUUUGUUUUUUGAAAGCGAAGGAAAAAGAAAAGAGAGGAAACUAUUUGCAGUGCCCCCCUCCAGGUGAGGGGGCGCUAGAGGCAGCAGAUACAGUGGAAGGGGGGGCCUGGAGAGCAGGUGUGACCUGUCAGUCUGCUGAGGCCUGAGCCAGGCGGUCGUCCAGGUGGAGCCCUGGCCAGCCUCAGCGGCUCGCCCCUGCCUCCCCUGUGCCCCCUGACUUUCCCCCUUGUCCUGGGGGGGUUCAGGGAGGCGGGGGAUCCCAGCCCCCUUGGAGCAGUUGAGGGCUCAGUCUGAAUCUGUGCACAUGGAACAGGGGCUUGAGACUGAGUGCCCGUGAGCAUGGUGGGUGGGGAGCGGUGAGGCGUGAAGACUUUAGACCCAGCUCUGCGCUGUGCAGAGCGGGGCAGGCAGGGGCUGGACCCCAGGCACUGGCUUUCCCCACCCAUCACCCGACCUACACCAGGCCACGCAUCGAGCCCUGGGCGGCAGAUGGGUCGGCUCCCACAGCACCAGCUUCCAGAGGCUGCCGUCAAGGAGCCCCUGCAAAUGAGUGGACCCCAGGGGAAGGGCCCGGGGGGGAGGCUCGGGCACCUGUUUUGAGGUGUCAAGGUGCUAUCAGUGGGGCAGCAGGCAGGGGCUUCUGUUCUUGAGCACCCGCCCUCACCGGCUGCCCUGGCCGUGCCUCCCACACUGGAGGAGACGCGUGUGUCUGUGUUCGUCCCUGCUCCCCGAGGGCAAUGCCAGGCCUCAUGCCCUCCUCGGCCCCACCACAACCUGCCCUGGCUGGUGUCCGGCAUCAUCAUCUCCCCGGGCCCCUGCGCUGGUGUCAGGGUGCCUGUGGCAUCGUUAGUGAAAGGACCUGCACGUUCAGGCCCCGAGGGCAGGGUGGAGUCCAGGGGGUGGGGGAGCCCCUUCCUGUGCACAGUGCUCACCC